AAAUGCGAUAUUUGCGCAAAAUAGAUUUGGUACGGUAAAUUGUACUCUCCAACCCCGUGUCAUUCGAAGACAGGUGCUUUUAGGUUGGGAAGGCAGAAAGCGUAACUAGCCGUGUCAUUUUUCGGUGGAUUGCACAGAUUUCAAAAUGUCCGAAGGAAGCUCAAGUCUUAAAACUAUCCGUCUGGAGGAAGUAAAGUCGCACAAAGAUUCAAAGUCGACUUGGUUGAUUAUCCACGAUCAAGUUUACGACGUGACCAAGUUUUUGGAAGAGCAUCCCGGUGGGGAGGAGGUGUUAUUAGAACAAGCAGGUUGUGAUGGGACAGAGGCAUUUGAAGAUGUGGGUCACUCCACUGAUGCGCGGGAAUUGAUGAAAACGUAUCUGAUCGGGGAGUUGCACGCAGAUGACAGGACUUCAAAACAACACCAGAAAACAAACACAGGCCCCAGUGUACCUGAUUCUGACUCUUCGAAUUCCUGGACAAGUUGGCUCCUCCCACUGGGUGUGGCAAUUGCAGCUGCUCUCCUCUACCGAUUGGUUUUGGCUCCUGCUACAUCAUGAAUAUUAAUUAGACCUUUAUACAAAUUAUAAUCACUUGAUUUGAUUACAGUUUUGGCUCAGUUGGAGUCAUGGGAGUCUCUAUGUAGGGUCCAAUAGAAAAAAACUGGAAGGAUAAUGUCUUUUUGAUUCUAUAACCAAUACUUGGCUCACUUAUAAAUAAUUUUUAAUGGUGUUCUGUUAAUGGGUGAGCCUGUGCAAUCCAGUGUCCUCGAGAACCAUGUGUAUGCAGUAUAAUUUUUGUGUUUGUGCAGAUGAUGUCAUGUCCAAAACGUAGUUAUCGGGUAGCACGACCAGGGGAGAUAACCCCUAUCACAAGGGGAGAUAACCCCAUCACCAUACCACUACCUGGGUUUCCGCUAUUCCCACACUAUAUGUACAUUAACAUUUGUGGUUAUCAUUUUAACAGUACAUCAGUCAUAAUUUCCAGCGUAUGAGCUUCCCUGAGGAGCAUCUCUUGAUUUGCAUUUUAUUUGUUUAUUUCAGACAGUUGACAUUUAUAUAGCCUAUAUUGAUUUGUAACAGUUGUGCUGAUUUUUCAAUAAGAAUAUUUUUUAAUAUUUCUUUAAUGUUUACCACAGCUGACAUACCAGUAAUCAUGUUAUGCUGUACCCAGCUGAUUGCCUCUAGCAGAAUCUGUGAAUGUAAGCUACAUAGAUGAUGAAUUAAUUGUGCAGUUUCUUGCAAAUAUGGACUCUUGGCAGAUUUUCAUUUACAAAACAGCAGUAUACAGUUAAAGAUGAUUGAAGCCUUUGCAAACCGUAAAUAAUGUACUUGUUGACGUAGUGUCAGAAACACACGUGUAGGCUUUAUUCUUCAAGAAUUUGCUGCUUUAUCCAAACACAUCUAUGCUAAAUAAAGAGAAGCGAUUAAAAUUUUA